UUGGCGCCCAAAGCUGGGAUGCCGUCGUCAAGAGCAGCGAGAAUGAUCCAUCGCUCCCACCAAUCGGCGCCUGGAGAGGUAUGGAUGUCACGGAUUCUCGCAAGGCGGCGGCGGCGGCGGGCGAGAACUACGCCAUUUUCGAUCCGCGCGGCUGCGGCCUGCUCAAUGUCUUCCUCUCCCUCUUCCCGGACGCCCCGGCCCCGUCGAUGCGCUGCGCGGCAUCGCUUCGGGAGGCCGUGGACAGCAGCUGGCAGGCGAAAUUCGCGAUGUGGAUGAUGGUGCUGCUGCUCGCCAUCGCCAGGGGCCUGGCCAUGGCGGGCAAAUUCGUGGAGCUCUGGCUCAAUAUCUUUCAUGUGAAUGGGGGAUUGUUCAAGAUGGGAAUGAAGCUCGUCACUGGAACUGGCCUAACAACUCCAGUGGAGGAGUCCGAUGAAUACUGGAGCUUUGUAGGACUGCUCGAUCCACGCACAGACCUCUUACUCCACCAGAGCUGCGACGAAUUCAGGGAUCACAGCAGCUUCUUCGCUAGCGAGAGCCCAGCAUCCAAGCUCAUCGCCGACGUUUGUAUGAUGGCUUCCAAGCUUGCGUACGAGAACUCUCACGUUAUAGCCAAGGUUGUCACCGAGGAUUGGAAGAUGCACGCCGUGGAUGUCUUCGAGUGUAUCAACAAGUAUCAGCCAAGCAAGCCCACCCGGCUCAUGAUCGCGAUGGACAGAGCCGAGAAUGCCCAGGCGAUCAUCGUAGCUUUCCAAGGACUGGUGCCUUUCAACGCUUACGACUGGAGCUCGUGCUUCGAUUUCUCGUGGUACGAGUUCCCUGGAAUAGGACGAGUUCACGUUGGCUGCCUUGAGGCUCUCAGCUUGGUGGAUCGACAGGACAUGUCCACUUUCACCAGGCUCAGGCGAAACAUCGCUGACAAGCUUUCGAAAGAAAAGACCACGCCAGACGAUGAAGCAGCGGAGCACCAUAGUUUACCCGAUCACGAGGAAGAAGCAAGAACUUUUGAUACUGGUGGGGAUGGUUCGGAAUUCUACAGCACCGAGGAAGCGUUAGAAGACCACGAGCUUGAAAAUGACGAGAAGUCGGACAAUACCAUUUCGGACAAGGACGACGAGAAGAAAACUUCCGGUGAAGAGCCGGGGAAGCAGCGGCAGAGACCAUUUUUAUCCGGCCUUCCCGAAGCUGGCACCGCGGAGAACAGACGCCUUCUCGCUUACGACGCUGCCUGUCUCACGCUGAAGGAGCUUCUAGCAGUUCACAAGGAGGCCAAAGUUUAUAUCACCGGCCACAGUCUCGGGGGCGCGCUUGCCACGGUCUUCACUUCCUUCCUCUUUCACGCCAACGAGAACCAAGUAACGAGCAGGCUGGCCGGAGUUUACACCUUUGGACAGCCCAAAGCUGGCGACACCGAAUUCGCUGCUGACAUGACCGUCAACCUCAACCAUCCGGAGAACCGAUUCUUCAGAGUUGUCUACUCCAACGAUCUUGUCCCUCGCCUUCCGUACGAGGAUCUAGCGUUCCAGUUCAAGCACCUGGGACCCUGUUUCUUCUACGGCAGCAGCUACGGGGGCGAGACCGUCCAAGAGGAGCCUACAGCGAAAAGCUUGUCGACUAACCAGCUGCUUCCCGACCAUGCCGUCGCAACCUGGGAGCUCCUCCAGAGCCUUCUCUUGCACUACAAGUUCGGUGAAGCUUACAAAGAGACGUUGGCGUCGACGAUGUUUCGGCUGGUUGGUCUCUUGUUCCCGGGAAUCGCCGCUCACAGCCCCGUGAAUUAUAUCAAUGCCAUCAGGCUGGGCCCCGAGGUCCUGGACGCGGAGGUGAUGCCAAACUAGCUGCUACAUUGAUCGUCUCUGCCAGUUGCCUUCUCUUUUGGAGGGACGAUCAGCACUCUAUCUUUUGGAGGAACAAUUCGCACACUGGAAGUGGUCGUCGUAUCGCUGAGCUCUCCCAACGAUAGGGACGCCAUCAAACGAGUUUCUUUCAAAGAAAUAACCUGUAAGAAUAGAAGGAAGAGAUAGUUCUAUGCUUGUAAAGAUGAUAAGAAGAAUACCUGGUUGAGCUUU